AUGAGGGAGCGCAUGGAGUGGAGUGAUUCCUCCCGAAAAUCGUUCAACGAGCAGCUGAGCCGUCGCAGGGAUAUAGACGGCGACAUCAACCGAGAACCGGAGAAGAUGCGCGUCAUGGAGACGCCUGCUCGGGACGAGCGGUUCGAGAUUUUAAGAUACGGACCGAAAGGAACUGGUGGUGAUGCAAGCCUAGCCACUGCGCAGCUGUUUGGCAAUAGUGCGAAUGCACUCGUGCCAGCGGGACGGAAUGUCCUACGACAGGGUGAUCGAGCACCGGCCAAUGACCACACCCACAUCGAGACGAUCGACGUGAAGUGCGACCAGCGCAAUGGCAUGCUCGUGACGGUGCAGUUUGAGGAGGACUUCCGUGGAGUUAUCUACAGCCAGGGUUACCACAACGACCCGAAGUGUCGUUAUGUGCAGCCCAACCAGGGAGGACGGCAGUUCACCUUCACCGUGCCAUAUGCCGGGUGUGGCAGUAAGCCAUCCUGCGCGGUCUGUGCCUCGGUGGACAACGUGCUCGUCAUUCAGACGGACGAGGACGUGCAGGAGGCAUGGGACACGGCACGGCGCAUCUCGUGCAGCCAGGGCGAGCAGCGGCAGAAUACGAUCAUCUUCAAGCCGUUCGUCGUCGAUCAGCUGGAGGUCAUCAACGUGCCAACGUCGACCGGCGGUGUCGAGUGCUGGAUGGACAUUCAGCGUGGCCUCUACCCGAGCAUCACGCCCAUCCCGAGCAUCAUCAAGAUCGGCGAAGCGCUGAGCGUGCUGGUGUACCUGCGUGAUCCGAAGGGCGAGUAUGACGUGUCGGUGCGGGACUGCUACGCCUUCGACAGCCCGGACUAUGACGCUCCGACCACGGCGCGCCUGCAGCUGUCGGACAAAAAUGGUUGCUCGCGCAAGAAGAAGCUGUUCGGGCUGUGGCAAAAGACCACGCAGACCGGCAGCUCGGGCGCCACGCUCGUCGUGCACAACAGCAUCAAGGCGUUCAAGUUCCCCGACCGUAUGCAGGUGUUCCUGAAGUGUGACAUCGAGAUAUGUCGUGGUGGAUGCGGACCGCAAGUGUGUGCGGAGGAAAAUUCGAUCAGCACGGUUGAGACGUCAACCCGUCGCCCUACGGCACCGACGCGAGGAAGACCAGAAAGACCGACGACUUCGCUGGCACCGACUCGCGGACGUCCAACACGCCCGCCACCAACAGCACAGCCGACGCAACCGCAGUACACGGCGCCGCCCAGCACGCAGCCUCCUCGUCGAGGAACGCGUCCUCCACGUCCGGUAGAGACGACCCCGUUCCCAACGGCUCCGCCACGUCGUACACGUCCGCCGAAUACGAGAGCUCCGGUCACUACCGUAGCACCGUUUGUUUGCUCACCUGGCUCGACUGACGAUCGUUGCAAUGAUGUGAUCGUCACCCAGCGCCCGGACUGUUCCCGUGGAUCUCGUGAUCCUCGCUGCCGUUCGCGUGGAACUCGCCCAACAGUUCCACCGGUCACAACUCCGAGCACUCCGGCACCACUGCGAUGUUUCCCGGGAUCGACGGAUCCACGCUGUCCGACGACCUUCCGACCGAACGUACGCCCAACGCGUCCACCGCCAUCGCCGACGACGCCACGCCUCUCAACGACUCCGGAAGACGACGAAGACGACAGUGUGCCCAACUGCCUGCUUCGUGGAAGCGAUCCACGUUGCGAUGAAAUUUCAAUCUUCCUACCCGAGAUUCCACAAAAUCAGGUCACGACGCGGCCGGUAGUGGUUCCGACAUUGCCACCAGUGCCAUCGACUACGACAUCAAGUUGUUUCCCGGGAUCGAACGAUCCACGCUGUCGAAAGCCAGUGCUUCGCUGUCCACCGGGAACAACGGAUCCACGCUGUCCCGGAUUCGUCCAGCCUACGGUUGCACCAAAAGAAGCUCCCACUUACUUACCACCGGUACAGUGCUACCCAGGCUCAACCGAUCCGCAAUGCCCACGACCGGUUCCAACGACGACUCCCGCACCGCGGUGCUAUCCAGGUUCAACGGAUCCUCGGUGUCCGCAGACUCCUCGUCCUACGCCAACAACGCAACCACCACUUCGUUGCUACCCGGGAUCGACAGAUCCUCGUUGUCCGCAGACCACUCCUCGUCCGGUACCUACAACUACUCCUGGGCCUCGUUGCUUCCCUGGAUCUACUGAUCCUCGGUGCCCACAGACGACGCCUCGUCCAGUACCGACACCACCACCAGCGCCACGUUGUUAUCCAGGCUCAACCGAUCCUCGAUGCCCACAAACAACACCGCGCCCGGUGCCAACUACUACUCCUGCUCUUCGCUGUUAUCCAGGCUCCACGGAUCCUCGCUGUCCGCAAACGACUCCUCGUCCGGUGCCAACAACUACUCCAGCACCGGUCUGCUACCCAGGAUCUACUGAUCCGCGAUGCCCACAGACGACUCCCCGCCCAGUUCCGACACCACCUCCAGCACCGCGUUGCUAUCCAGGCUCAACUGAUCCACGGUGUCCACAAACCACACCGCGCCCGGUACCAACAACUACUCCAGCACCGGUCUGCUACCCAGGAUCAACGGAUCCACGAUGCCCGCAAACGACUCCCCGUCCAGUUCCGACACCACCUCCAGCACCGCGUUGCUAUCCAGGCUCAACAGAUCCUCGGUGUCCACAAACCACACCGCGCCCAGUGCCAACUACUACUCCUGCUCCUCGCUGCUAUCCGGGAUCCACUGAUCCCCGAUGCCCACAGACAACUCCCCGCCCAGUGCCGACACCACCACCAGCACCUCGUUGUUAUCCAGGCUCGACGGAUCCUCGCUGCCCGCAAACGACGCCCCGUCCAGUACCAACGACGACUCCGGCCCCGGUUUGCUAUCCCGGUUCCACCGAUCCACGAUGCCCAACGACUCCUCGUCCUACACCAACCACGCAACCACCACUUCGAUGUUUCCCGGGAUCGACAGAUCUUCGAUGCCCACAGACGACAACACCUCGGCCAGCUCCGACAACGACUCGUGGACCCGUUUGCUACCCGGGAUCGACCGAUCCUAGGUGUCCGCAAACUACGCCACGCCCUGUACCAACUACGACGCCUGGACCACGUUGUUAUCCUGGCUCGACUGAUGUUCGCUGUCGGCAGACGACGCCACGACCAGUUCCACAAUGCUAUCCAGGUUCCCGUGAUCCAACGUGCUCUGAUAAGCAGGAUGCCGAAACUUACCUCCCUCCGGUGGAACAACCAAGACCAACUACUACCGCUCGUCCAGCGUGUUAUCCAGGUUCCACGGAUCCUCGAUGCCCGCAGACUACUUCACGUCCAGUUCCUACAACUACUCCUGCUCCACGAUGCUUCCCGGGAUCAACUGAUCCUCGCUGUCCUCAGACCACCCCUAGACCAGUUCCCACACCACCACCAGCGCCUCGUUGCUAUCCGGGCUCAACCGAUCCCCGUUGCCCACAAACUACGCCUCGCCCAGUGCCCACUACCACUCCUGCACCCCGCUGCUACCCAGGUUCCAACGACCCUCGCUGCCCAACUCCACCUCGUCCAACACCGACAACACAACCACCACUCCGUUGCUUCCCGGGUUCAACGGAUCUACGUUGCCCGCAAACAACAACCCGUCCAGCUCCUACCACGACCCCAGCCCCACGUUGCUACCCUGGAUCGAAUGAUCCACGCUGUCCCACGACCCCUCGUCCAACGCCAACAACAACAGCAGCACCUCGUUGCUAUCCAGGAUCAACGGAUCUGCGUUGCCCGCAAACAACUUCCCGUCCCGUCCCAACGCCCCCGCCAGCGCCUCGUUGCUAUCCAGGUUCGACUGAUCCUCGGUGUCCGCAGACAACUCCUCGUCCUGUACCAACGACAACUCCAGCACCUCGCUGUUUCCCGGGCUCGACUGAUCUUCGAUGCCCACAAACCACACCGCGCCCUGUCCCAACUACUACUCCAGCACCCGUGUGCUACCCAGGAUCAACGGAUCCUCGGUGUCCAAAAACGACUCCCCGCCCCGUACCAACACCACCACCAGCGCCUCGCUGUUAUCCAGGAUCGACUGAUCCUCGGUGCCCUCAAACCACACCGCGCCCAGUUCCAACAACAACUCCAGCUCCCCGUUGCUAUCCAGGCUCCACAGAUCUUCGUUGUCCACAGACAACUCCACGCCCAGUGCCUACUACAACUCCAGCACCAGUUUGCUACCCAGGAUCUACCGAUCCUCGAUGCCCCACAACACCCCGUCCUACACCAACAACGCAACCACCACUUCGUUGCUUCCCGGGAUCAACUGAUCUGCGUUGUCCGCAAACAACACCACGUCCAGCGCCAACGACUACCCCUGCUCCACGGUGCUACCCUGGAUCCAAUGAUCCCCGCUGUCCUCAAACAACACCACGACCGGUUCCAACAACUACCCCUGCUCCCCGAUGCUAUCCAGGAUCCAACGAUCCCCGCUGCCCGACAACUCCUCGUCCAACACCCACCACGCAACCACCACUUCGGUGCUUCCCCGGAUCAAACGAUCUUCGAUGCCCGCAAACUACUCCACGCCCGGUGCCAACACCACCGCCAGCACCACGUUGCUACCCGGGAUCAACCGAUCCACGCUGCCCACAAACAACACCCCGCCCAGUGCCGACCACAACGCCUGCACCGCGUUGUUUCCCCGGAUCGCUUGAUCCUCGCUGUCCAACCACUCCACGCCCGACAGUGCCGGCACGCCAACCGUGCUAUCCCGGCUCUCCGGACCCCAGUUGCCCGCGAGCAUUCGAUCCACCGACCACGCCAUCGGCCUGCUAUCCUGGAUCACCCGAUCCCAACUGCCCGCAGCCUUACCGACCAACUAGCACUAAUCCUCCUGCUACUUACCUGCCUCCAUUCCCUGCAUCCAACGCACGCUCCGUGCGCCAUCUCAGCCCGGAAACGCUCAACGAUAUUAACGCACUGGCAGACCUAACGGACGGUGCCGGUCCCGAGGUGGCUGCCGACGUUUCCGCUAGUGCCGAUUCGUCCGCACCUGCUAGCGAAUCGAGAACCAAGCGAGAGACCAGCGUGUUCAACGAACUGGAUGGCGAACAGACGAAGGAAAUUAUUUCCAUCACGCUCAACAUCAAGGGCUACCAGUUUGAGCCGUAG